GUUUGCUGGUCUCCUUGAAGAUCUUCCAGCUCCAUCAUGUGGAGUCAUCGGCAGAGUCGCCUCAGGCCGCUGGCCUGCGGAGUGGAGGAGCUACGGCAGCGGCGCCGGGAGCGGGAGGCUGCACUGCGGAAGGCGCGGAGGGAGCAGCACCUGGUCAGCAAGAGGCUGCUGAGAGAAGAUGCGCAGGAGGAAGCCGGGAGCUCAAACAGCGCCGUGGUUCUUGGGGAAGCGGAGGUCAAGCAGUUCCUGUCACUAGCCCAGCGAGGGACAGAUGAAAAUGAGAGAGAAAAGGCUCUGGUCAGCCUUCGUCGAGGCUUACAGCAUCCUGAGACACAACAGACCUUCAUCAGGCUGGAGGGCAGUAUGCGGACCCUGGUAGGGCUCCUGACCAGCAACCGGGCCUUGUUGCAGCUUGAGGCAGCCCGGUGCCUUCAUGAGCUCUCUCAUUCUGAAAUCUCUGCAGUGGCUGAAGCCUGCUUGCCAGCUACGUCCUACCUCCUCACCUACCUCUCUGGUCACAGCUCAGAAUUCAUAGAGCUGUGUCUGUAUACACUGGGAAACCUCAUCGUGGAGAGUGAGGCUGUGAGAAGGCAGCUUCUGCCACAGGGCAUUAUUCUAGCCUUUGCUACCUGCAUCCAGUCCCCCCACAUGGCUGUGCUGGAAGCCCUUGGAUAUGCCUUGUCUCAGCUUCUGCAGGCCAAGGAAGCUCCAGAGAAGAUCAUUGGUUCUGCUUCUGCUGGCAGCUCUGUCCUGGACUCCACUCUCCCCCAGCACAUGCUGCAAUUGAUGCAACCCGGUCCAAAGCUGAACCCUGGGGUCGCUGUGGAAUUUGCCUGGUGCCUUCACUACAUCAUCUGCAGCCAGGUCAACAAUGCCUUGCUCAUCACCCAUGGGGCUCUGUCUACCCUGGAGCUGCUGCUGUUAGACCUGGCUGGGGCUGUCCAAAGAAUGGAGGAUGAAGGACUGGAACUACUCAUAUGUCCUGUGCUUCGGUGUCUAAGCAACCUGUUAGCUGAGGAGCUGCUGGAGGCUGUGGAAUACCAAAUGCAGCCAAAAGAUGAGCGUGUUGUAGUAGCCUUAUUUAUCCUCUUCCAGUUCUUCCUUCAGAAACAGCCCAGCUUGCUUCCUGAGGGCCUGUGGCUCCUCAACAAUCUUACUGCAAACAGUCCUACUUUCUGUACAUCAUUGCUCUCUCUGGAUCUGAUUGAACCCCUCUUGAAGCUGUUGCCACUAUCUAAUGUGGUGAGCGUACUGGUACUUAGGGUUCUGUGCAACAUUGCAGAGAAGGGUUCAGCUUAUUGCCAGCGGCUAUGGCCAGGGCCCCUGCUUCCCUGCUUGCUGGACACCCUGGCCCUUUCUGACACUGAAGUAGUAGGUCAGAGUUUGGAACUGCUGCAGCUUCUAUUCCUUUAUAAGCCAGAGGCUGCCCAGGCCUUUCUCCAGCAGUCAGGGCUGCAGGCCCUGGAAAAGCAUCAGGAGACCCAGCUUCAGGAUCGGGUGCAUGCUCUCAGGCAGACAGCUCUUCAUAGGUGAUCUGGAUUCUUGAUGCUGAGUGCCUUUCCCACCCACCCUCUCCCCCCCAAUCUCCAUAUUUUUGGCCUACUUGCUUUGGCAGAAAACUAAGGAGCCUUUGUGGGUUAGAAUCAUUAUAGCUUAUAACUAAGCCAAGAUCUUUGGAAUCCACCCCUGCAAACACCACCACCUCUGCACCCACAAUGUACAGAAUUGAGGACCAGAAGAUCAUCUCUGUUGCCAAUCUAUUCUUACCACCCUUCUUUUUUUGCUUUAGCACCU